AUGGACUUUGAUUUCAGAGAGCCAAGGUUGUUUAUACAUGACCUGAUACAUAAGACAAAGAUCGGCAAGGAAGGGGCACGUGAACUACUCGAGAAGGAAAUGACAGACAAGUGCAUGUAUGAUCUUUAUGUACAUCUUGCAGAAAAGGGAAUUGUAAAUCCAAGCAAACAGUGCCUAGAAUCUUUGAAACAGAUGAAGGAAGCAAGGAUUGCAGAGAUUGAGAGUGAAAGGCAAAAGGAUGUAGAGAAUGAAAGCCAUAUCAAGGAGAUAGAUCGUAGAAUUGCAGAAUUCUACUGCCAGACGAUGGAUAUGAAGAAAGGGGUUGAAUGGACUACAAAGAUAAUGCGAGAUGAUGUGUCAUUGUCGCUCCGAAUGGAUGUGUUUUUGUGUAGGAUUCGGAUGGGAGUGAUCAUGGGAAGUAAAAAAGUAAUUGAAGAGAGUGCAGCAGAGGCGAUGGAUGCAUGUGAGAGGGGAUGUGAUUGGGAUAGAAGAAACAGAUUCAAAGUGUACAACGGAUUGCUUUGCUUGAUGCGUGGAAAGUUUGAUGAGGCGGGAGUGAUGCUGAGUGAUUCGUUGCCAUCUUAUGAUGCUGGUGAGGCUAUGGAUUACUGGCGUGCAGUAAGAUACGUGAUUUUCUGCGGAGCAUUAACUUUUGAACGCCCUGAUCUUUUAAAACGGAUUCUACAGAAUGCAGAUGUUGUUGGAAAUAAUGAGGAAGAAGGCAUGAGAAUUAUCAGAUCGCUGCAUGAAUGCCAUUAUUCGAACUUCAUGAAGGAGUUGUGUACAUUCUGCACAGUUAUAAGCGAUGAUGUGUUUGUUGGAAAGUAUGUGAACAUGUUUUGCCGCGAGAUGAAGUUAAGGGUAUAUGAGCAGGUACUUGAAAGCUAUCGAUCGAUGCAUAUUGAAAGGAUGGCAGAGACUUUUGGAUUGGGCGUAGAAUAUGUUGAGAACGAUUUGGGGGAAUUCAUAGUUGAAGAAAGAUUGUGGAGCCGAAUAGAUAGGGUUGACAGAGUGAUUGAGAUGAAGGAGCGUAGCAGCGUGGAUGUUUCUAGUAUGAUUACUGAAGGAGAUGAUGUCAUUCGCAGGAUAAAAAGGUUUGUUAAGUAA